AUGUUUGGCCUGGCUUGUUUGGCCCUCGUCUUGCCUCUUACGGCAGCUCUUCCUCAGACCCGCCCAGAAGAGCAGACGGCUCCCUUCAAAGCUGAUCUCCGAGUCGAUACCAAUCGUGACGGCACGGUCGAUCUGAGCGGCAAGACUGAUAGCAUCGGCAAGGAUACAUGGUCAGAGACCUCUGGCGCCCUUUUCCUCCCCAAUAUAGGGGAUACCAGGCGCCAUUGCGGGGAUAAUUACGACUGCGAUGAUGCUUCAACAAACGCCCAAUGGGCACCACAAAACAUGGCUCCGAUGCGCACAGUGCCCAUGUCCAACAUUAGCGACUCUGCCACGGCAACUAUUGCUAUUAGUGAUCCCGUGGCUCGCAAAAAUGUCCGCAUCUUUCUUGAUUAUCCGGGAAGGAUCGUGGAAACUACCAUCCAGGACCUCAUCGACAGGACGUCACAACCACCUGUCGAGAACGACCGUUGGGUGUAUCUCGAGAAUGACACGCCGAUUCCAGCGGACAAGCUACGACAAGGCUUGACCCUGGGCAUCGAUGCUCGCGAUACCAGACGCCCAGGUGUAUGGGACGGGAGGGUUUCGGUCGAGUUCAAGGUCACGGAUGGAAGUAGGUCCUCGUCUGACAAGGUCAUGCUGCGCGUCGCCCCGGUCCUGACACACCAUCACCUUCAACCCGUUGAAAAGGUCUUUGUUACCAAAAAGCCUGUCGACGAACAGAUGACCAAGGCCAUGGCAAGAGUUGAGCAAGGUAUCCAGAAGAAUAUGCAAAAAGCAGGCAUUAAGGAGCCGCUCCAUCGCCUCGAUAUAGACUACACCUGGGCUCAGGAUGUCAUGGAGCCAGCCUAUGCCAGCAUGCCCGGGCCAUCAGGACCAAUCACCUUGCGCAUCCACAUGACAGGAAAGCCGGUGCAGGUUGGCAUUUCCGAGCAGACUGAAGUCUUGCUGUUCCGGGAUCUCCGACGAGAGGGGAUGGGAGCCGUCCGCGUUGGCAGGUUUCCAGAUUUUUUCGAGCACAGAACGCUCGAAGCCGGAGGCAACAUAGAGUCGAUUCCUCCCUACACGCUCAACGGCAAAAAGUACCCCGCGGGCAGGAUUGUCAUUGGCGCUACAGACGCGCAGACACCGCAAGCGCUGGCCUAUCUCCAGGCUCAGGAAACUCAGGAUCCGAUAGCGCUUGACACGACGUGGCUUUUUGUUAAGCAUGUGGACGAAAUUAUCGGCUUCCUACCCGCCAAGACGUCACGCGGCUGGCGACUGGCCAUUCUGGAUCCAAUGAUGGGCUAUGAAGCGCUUAGCAAGCUGGACCAAGAUGGCCAUGGCGACGUGCCCUUAACCAGCAAGCCCAUGGCGCAAAACUCAACUGUUCCCACGGUCCGCGAAUUCUUGGCCGAGGAGUCCACCAAGAAGACUGCUGCCUACAGCACGGAAAAGAUAAAGCAAGCGCUGAAUAAUCUCCAGCAAGAAACUGGCAUUGCGGACGAGGACGUCGUGAGGAUUCCCGCCGUUAUCGCCACGAUGGACUCGUUAAAGAAGUGGCUACAUGCUCGGGAGAAAGAGGAUCCGAGCAGCAGCGGCAACAGGUUCUUGCCACUGAACUCGGCGUUCCCUAGCCAGGUCAAUGGCGUCCCGCUGUCCGAUUCGGUUUUUAUAGCGCCUAAGCCGUGGGGUCCCGUCGUGGAUGGCGAGGACAUUAUGGAGAAGAUGUCGAGGGAAGCCUACGCCGCAGCAGGCUUCGAUGUAGAUUUCAUCGAUGACUGGGACUUCCUCCACUUGUCCAGCGGGGACUUGCACUGCUACACGAACACGUUCCGUACCCCGACGGCGCAGUGGUGGUAG